GUUAACUAGGGUUAUAUCAGAUUCAGAAAUACCCAAAGAUGUUCUGCACAUAUUCCCCAGGAAUUCAGAAGUGAACACUUUCAACAUCGAGAUGUUGCACCAUGUUUGCCAGAACAUAACAACUAUUGCAGCAGCAGAUAUAAUGAAAGGGAAUAAACAGAGAAAAGUACCUAUCAAACAAGUCAACACUUUGCUCGCAGCUCAUCUGGACAUCGCUGUGAACGCAAGAGUUAUGCUGACCACAAACUUGGAUGUGUCUGAUGGCUUGUCCAAUGGAGUCAUUGGUACAGUGACACAGAUUUCAAUGCGGAAGUCUCUAUUUAGUCAGCCAGAAUCAAUCUGUGUACAGUUUGAUAACAAGGCAGUUGGAAGGAGCACCAGGUUGCAAAAUCAACACAGCAUUGGGAGUGAUGUGGUCUUAAUAAAGCCUCAUGCUGAACUAUUUCAAUUUGAGGGUUCACCAAUAACCAGGUACCAGUACCCACUGAAACUUGCAUGGGCAUGUACUGUACAUAAGACACAAGGAAUGACCCUUAAAUCUGCAGCUGUAUCCCUGAAAUAUACAUUCCUUGCUGGGAUGGCUUAUGUUGCCAUGAGUAGGGUGAGCAGCCUGGCAGGACUUUAUUUGAAGGACUUUGAAGACAAAUAUGUGUAUUGCGAUACAGAAGUUACACAAAGCAUGUCAAGAAUGCCAAGUCUGCACAUUUCAUCAAUGCCUUUGGUGAAAUGUAUAAUGCAGCCAGUAAAAUUGACAAUAGUCGCACAGAACAUUCACUCCAUCAACAAACAUUUGGAGGAUGUGACCAAGCAUCCAGAACUGAUGAGAGCAGACUUGUUAGUGUUUUCUGAGAGCUGGCUUUCCAGGAGGAUAAACAAUGCUGCUGUAGCACUACCAGACUUCAGAGAGCCAUUACGCAGUGACAGACAAUCCGAAUCUGGCAGAGGAGGUGUUGCAGUGUAUGUGAAGGACCACCUACCAGUACCCAAGCAACAUCCUACAGAACAAGCUGAAGGUGAUCAUGACCCAACUUUUGUACAGAUCAAGUGA